AUGGUUUCUGAUUCUUCUGAUGAGGAAGUAAUCACUAAGAGGCAGCCUAUAAAAAUCAAACCGCGAACGUUUCUACCAAAACCUCGACGCGUAGUAACAAAUGGUUCACCGACCAAUACUUCCGCUUCAGUAACACAAAGUCCAAGUGAAACCGUCGAACCACUGGAAAUUCGUCCAAACGCUUAUAAUGAUGACGACGACGAUAUAUUUUUUACGCGAAAUACUACCUUUUCACGAAAAAUGACCUCCAAAAAAUCAAGAAGAUCGGAAAUCUUGAGAACACUUGAGGAUAACCCUAAACUUCAUACAAAUGAGGCCGAGAAAGAAGAGGGAACUAAACGAAAAGCAAAGUCAAAGGGAAAAGGAAAAUUAUCGGACUGGACAACUUCUGAUGAACCGAUUACGAUGUUUGAUGAAGAAAGUGAUCAUAUUUAUAUAUCAGAUGCGGAAGAACGUAAGAAAAUCAGGAUAAAUCCAGAUGAGAAUAUAAGAUUCGACAGUCAGGAAGAUUCUUUAACACCACCACCUGAGAUUAGUCAUUAUCUGCUCCAAUCUACUCUUGCUCCUUUACAUGCGGCUCUUUCACAGUUUUCAAGAACGAUACGUUCUGAUGGUAAUGAUAUCGGUUCACCUAUUGCAGCUUCCGUAUUACAGGAUGAUAUAGAGCUGGAUCCUGAACUCUUAGCUAUCCAACAAUCUAUCAAACAGAAGAAAAGAAAUUCAAUUCAAUCUGUUGAUACCAAAGUUGAAAUUUUGGUAAAGCCUAAACAUCAUCUUUGCUCGUCGAUAUCCGGCGAGGAUGGGGUUAUACCUGAUUAUGAAAAACCUAUAAAAUUCAUUCUAAAUACAGAGGACACUUUUGAGCAAUUAAUCUCCCAUCUAUGUUCCAGAAGAGGAAUUCCUAAACCAGACUUAGUAUUGACUUACAAGAAUGUUAAGGUUUUUCCUCGCGGAACCCCAUCAAGUUUGGGCAUGUCCGGACUUGUUCAUUUGGAGGCCUUUAAUAAAGAAUCAUACAUGCAUUUUAAAGAACAGCAAAAAUUUGAGAGGAAACGAUUGUUCGAUGGACUUUAUAAUGAAUUGAUGGAUAACGAUAAUAAUACAUCAGUAAACUCUAGUCGAGAGACGAUAGACAUUGAAACUAUUGAUGAAAUAAGAACUAUAAUAAAUGAAGAAGAAAAUUAUAUUUAUCUCAAGGUUCAAUGUCAAGAUGAAACCGUUGAAAAACUUAAGUCUCUCACAGUACAGGCUGUUAUCGAACGGUAUAAAAAGAUUAAAGACAUUUCGGGGAAUGUUGCUAUUAAAUUGUUAUUUGAAGAUGAGGUAUUGUUACCUGAUGACAAAUUAAUAGAUACAGAUUUGGAAGAUGGUGAUAUGCUAUCCGUUAAAAUUAUUUAA